UUGGCGAAGGCGGGCUCCUCUCACAGCGCCUGCGCAGUGCAGUGCCGCAUGUGUUCACACUGAAAACGUUUACCCGGUGCGGAAAUGGCCGAGAUGGAGACGCAGGCCGCGGCGGCCGAGGAGGGGUUCACACAGGUCACCCGCAAGGGUGCCCGGCGGGCGAAGAAACGACAGUCUGAGCACUUGUCCGAAGCGGAGGAGGGCAGGGACGUGGGCAACAUGGACACGGAGGAGGCUCGGCCGGCGAAGAGGCCCGUCUUCCCGCCCCUCUCCAGGGAUGGACUCCUGAGUGGGAAAGAAGAAACACGGAAAAUUCCAGUUCCAGCUAACAGAUAUACUCCAUUAAAAGAGAACUGGAUGAAGAUAUUUACUCCUAUUGUAGAACAUUUGGGACUCCAGAUACGCUUUAACUUGAAAUCAAGAAAUGUGGAAAUCAGGACUUGUAAAGAAACCAAGGAUGUUAGUGCUCUGACAAAAGCAGCUGAUUUUGUAAAGGCCUUUAUUCUUGGAUUUCAGGUGGAGGAUGCACUUGCCCUCGUCAGGUUGGAUGACCUCUUUCUAGAGUCUUUUGAAAUUACAGAUGUUAAGCCUCUAAAGGGAGACCACCUGUCAAGGGCAAUAGGAAGAAUUGCUGGCAAAGGAGGAAAAACCAAAUUCACCAUAGAGAACGUGACACGGACACGGAUAGUUUUGGCUGAUGUGAAAGUCCACAUCCUUGGCUCUUUCCAAAACAUCAAGAUGGCAAGGACUGCUAUUUGCAACCUCAUCCUGGGAAAUCCUCCAUCAAAGGUUUAUGGCAAUAUUCGAGCUGUGGCUAGCAGAUCAGCAGAUCGGUUCUGAUUUCAAAUUAGAGACUUAUCUUUGGACUCUAAAGAAAAAGACCUUGUACUCUUCGGGUGGUCACACCAAACCAUAUGAAGAAUGUCUAAGUCACUUUAAGCCUGGAUCUUUUCUUACAUUCUCAGCCACCAGCAUAAACAGAAGGGAAAGGUUUAAUACUAUUCACACUCAGUAAUAUUAAGGAAAAUUUAAGUAUCAAAAUGUAAUGUAGAAUCCUCUAAAGGAAACUUACUGCAUCAACAGUUCUAUAUAAACUGGGUUUAUUUAUAAUUUAUAAACAUUUCUUCUCUAAGUUGUAAUUGAAUCAUGUCAAAACCUAUGAAUCAUGACCCUUCAUUAAUGUGUUGUGUGGAUAUUUUAUAAUUAAAUCAUAAUCUGCUUUUUGGCUCUACUGUAUAAACCAGUAAGUGCAAUUGUCAUACUCAUUUUGCAUUUUAGAAAAUUAAAGCCUUGGGCCAGGGAUUUAGCUCAGUGCCACUGUGCUUGC